UUAAUGCGCGUGCAACCGCGUGCAACGCUUCCAGCGUAGAAUAUUAUUACGCGCUGCCUCAGCGGCGUCAGUCGUUCGCCUUCACGCGAUGGACCUGUCAUUGGAACUAUUAGCCGAUAAACCAGAACCAGUCGUUACUGCAGCUCCACCCAACGUAUCUCUGGUCGUAUUGAGUGAUACGACGCCACCUACUGCGCCGCAGUAUGGGACAGUGUGUGCACCGCAACCGCAGGAGGAAAAGAAGCCGGACGGUAUCAGCAAUACAGUUCCGUCCACGUUCAUCUCGGCUGUCUUGCAAAAUCCCGUGUCCAGCAAAACCGGGAAGAGGAGCAUCACCGCUAGGUUACCAAGCUCGCAGAAGCGAUUCCUCAUCUCCCUCGGACGUCCGAAACCGAUUAUCAGUUCUCUUCUGCAUACAGAAGCCGUCUCCCAGAGACGGGUGCUGUACAGACAGGAACAAUCCGUCCACGUUUCACUGCUUGCUCAUCAGAAGCGACCAUCUGUGGACACUGUACAAGCUAAGCGACCGACAACAUCCACUGGCGCUGAAAGAAGCGCUUCAUCGUACUCCGAAAUUGUCACUGAUACUGCUUCAAUAUCAGGAGCAGUGUCACCAUCUGGAGCAGCGUCACCCUCAGAAGCAGCGUCACCAUCUGGAGCAGCGUCACCAUCUGGAGCAGCGUCACCAUCUGGAGCAGUUUCACCCUCAGAAGCAGCGUCACCCUCGGAAGCAGCGUCAACCUCAGAAGCAGCGUCACCAUCUGGAGCAGCUUCACCACCGUUGCAUCCGCGGAAAUCAGGCGGCAGCGAGUUCUCGCCUCGUUUCGAUCAGACGGGAAUUGGAGCCACCCUUCCGUUAGGAUAUAUUUUUCCACCAUCGCGCGGUGAAAAGAAAUCAAGCGCCGGCACCGCGUUACCUCCUGAAGUCCCUUCGCAUCGGCACGGUCACAAAAGAACCGUCAGCACUGCGUUACCCAGCGGCUCCGACCGACAAAGACCUACGGUCAGUCUAGCAGACCAUCAAAAGCCCACGAUCAGUACCACCGAUCAGGUGAAACCACCGGCGGGCAUAGGAUCACCGAAAGAGACAUCCGUAACCAAACGUGGGCCGGAGACAGCACCCGCAUCGACACAACGGCAACGUGAUGAAUCGGGUUCCGGUGAAGGUUACCCGAAGUCCGCCUCGUCUCAGAUACACGACGCGGCCGCUGACGGCACGAAAGACGGCCACGCGUCGCGGUCGAGGAUGAGGAAGUCCGCUACCCACUUCGACGAGCCAGAGUGUAGCAAGAAGAAAAAGAAAGGCCGGGUCCGUCGAAUGCUGCAGAAGAUGCGCCGGAUACACGAGGAGUACGUGGAAGGAGCUGCGACGCAUGAGAGGGCGAAGAACUGGUGCUACGUGGUUAUGUUCCUGAUCUUGGUAAUAGGAAACAUUAUCAUGGGAACCAUACUAUUGUACUCCGCGCUGAAACCUUGGAUACGACCACCGACAACGCUGGAUCCCAGUCUGGUGCACCAGGGCCGCUGUCUGGUCAUGUGCUACUUCGAGCCACGAAGCAUAUUGCGGGCCAACUGGUCGUACGAUCUGCGCAAGUACUUUCCAUCGCGCAACUGCACGCACGUGCUUUACUCGGACCUCGUGUACUCUGAAAAGGGUUCUACUGUCACCUACGAGAACGCCUACAUCGCCUUCAAUAAAAGGGCCCUGGCGACCUUUGUGGAACUGUCCCGCACCCACGGAGCCUCGAUUCUGGCAGAACUUCGCUGCCGCAACAAAGAAGACCUGCGGAAGCUGGAGACAUUGGCGUCCAACCCCGAGAACCUGCCUGGCUUCGCAACCAACGUGUCUGACUACCUUAUGAAAGCGGGCUUCCAGGGCCUGGACGUCAAUGUCUACAACCCGAACAGCGGAAUAGGGAACGUCAAGGUCCAGUACCCUGCUAUCUUAGAGGCACUGCGGGAUGAAUUCCAGAAGCACAAGCUGCUACUGAGCGUCAAUGUCUACGUCACCCACCACUUCCCAGAAGCAAUGGACUACGCAAAAAUCUGGGAGCUGGUGGACAUAAUGGUAGUAAACACUCAUAACCUUACCCACUCAACUAACGAUACAAGCGCGCCCAGCCCCCUGUACGGCGGCAAAGGAUCUUAUUCUUGGGAGUCUAGCCUGAACCUGAUAGCGAACGCAACGCGCACGCGAGCCCGCCUGGUAGCCUCGGUGGCGUUCACGGGCAGCGAGUUUAAGCUCGAGGAUCCCAUCGACAACGUGCAGAAUGUGACGCUCGGCCGGCCUUCAUCGGGUUACGCUGACAAGACGGACAUCACCUACACGAAAGGUCUACUUGCAUACUUCGAAGUCUGCAGUGCAUUCCAAGCCUUUCCAUGGCUUCACACCGUCAACUUCGACGUCAUGUGUCCCUUAGCUGCGUACAAGGAACGGUGGAUCGGCUACGACGAUGCCUGGAGCAUAGCUGAGAAGGUCCGGUACGCCAGACGUGAGAAGCUUCUCGGGAUCGCCGUGCGGCACAUCGACAAGGAUGACUUCCUUGGGAGCUGUGGCGAAAAGAACCCUCUAAUGACAGCGCUGCUGACACAGAUGGAUGAUUGUUUGAAACCACCAUAAUCUCGAGGGCGAUGCUUCCAAUACAGCGUCGAGAACAACGAUAAUGCAUUUACCA